AUGUUCAACCGACUAUUGCGUAACUAUUGCGUCGAUCGCGAUGUGACCCUAUCACAGCUGAGGUACUUACUGCCUGGCUACGACAGCGUUGAAAUCUGGAGCGUGAUAAGGGCUCUCUCCAGACAAGACGCUGGACCAUUCCCCAAAGAGCACUUCUUGAACCCAGAUACACAGUCCGCUCAGUGGCUUACCGGCCAGCACUGCGCAACCAAUCGUGAUUUCGGCCUGUAUACCCACGCGGUUGAGCACUUGUUCCGCACCUACACAUCAGCACGGGGCGUUUUUCAUAACUUUGACGAGGCUGAGCUGAAAAGGUCGAUUGACCGCAGUCUCAACCUUCAGCGUGAUGGAUCCAGCCCUGAGCAGAUAACCAACGUCGUCCUCUUGGCGACCAUGGAAGCCCUAUUGCAGUGCUACAAGCUAGCUCGUCUCUGUCCCGAGGACUGCCAGUGGUUCAGGGAGGAUAGCCCCGAGGGAGUUGAUAUCCCCGAGGAAACAAGGGGUAUCAUCCGCGAAUUACUGAAGGAGAGUCACCCCCUGUGCCGGCUUAUCUCGGACAAGCUUUUUACCUAUCAGUAG